CGAUGACCAUAUUUAUACGUGCUACUGGUGUGACCUGGCAAUAGUGAUUUUGUGGUGAAUGUCACUUCAGUCAUCUAUCCAAAGGCAAUUCUCUUAUUACCAUGAUUGCCUUUUCCUUGCAAUCCUGUAUAUAAACCCUGGGAAUGCAUUCCGCGGAGAAGUUAUGGACGAACUACAACUCAGAAAUGAUGAUCAUAAUAUUCAACUUCUUUUACCAAGCUUUCUGCAAUUUUUCCUCGCUGGCGGGGGUCUAGCAGAGUUCAUUGCGAAUGCCCACAACAUACACUACGACAUUUGUACAGAUAUCUAUAGUCAUGCAUCUGCCUACCGACAAAUACAAAAUCUAGCACUCUGGAUAUAACACCAUCGCCAUUCAACUACAAUGAUCUUACAUAAUAAUCUCCGUGUCAAUGGACUCUUCUCCAGCAAGAACCCUCCAGCGCCGACCGAAGAAGCUCGGUUUUAGAAGAGAUAGUUACUGGUGCAUAGUCACCGGCGCAGUUGAGUUAUCUGUCGAACAUGGAGCGAUGUAUGCCACAGAUGAAAUAGCAACGACCGAGCUUGCGCUCACCAUUCUUUUCUCUCUGGGCCAAUGGGACAAUGAUCGGAAGAAACAAGCAGUCGCCCAGAUAUUGCCGACACUGAAAAAGGGUUUCCCAAGUAUGGACAGUGGGCCCACCAACGUAAAUAAGCCGAAGAACCUCAUGACAUUGGUGAACACCGUUCAUACAAAAUUUGGACCUUUUUGUCUGGCAUUGGAACCUGCCACAUAUCUGCCAUUCGAGCAGAAGACGCUGUAGGCCGUGUAUCCAAAGCAUGGAUAGCAGAGAAUGCGGGUAGCAUGAACCUCUGGUCCACAAACGAAAAUCUGCUCAGCC